AAUGAAAGAAGUGUGCCACAACUCUUGAUCAGAGACUUGAAAUUUGAGAAGUCAUUAGCUAAGCUCAUGUUUUCUCCUGAUCAAGACAAUCAUCCGUCAAAAGCACCAGUAAAAUAUGGUGAAUUGAUUGUGUUAGGGUACAAUGGAUCUCUCCCAAAUGGAGAUAGAGGAAGAAGAAAAAGUAGAUUUGCUUUAUUUAAAAGGCCCAAGGCAAAUGGGGUGAAACCUAGCACUGUGCAUAUUGCUUGUACCCCUCAAGCAGCAAAGGCAAUAAGUAAUAAGGACCAACACAGCAUAUCUUACACUUUGUCUCGGGCCCAGACAGUAGUAGUUGAAUAUACACAUGACAGCAACACAGAUAUGUUCCAGAUUGGUCGGUCAACAGAGAGUCCUAUCGACUUUGUUGUGACAGAUACAGUGCCUGGGAGUCAGAGUAAUUCUGAUACGCAGUCUGUGCAAAGCACUAUAUCAAGGUUUGCCUGCAGAAUCAUAUGUGAACGUAACCCCCCUUUUACAGCAAGAAUAUAUGCUGCAGGAUUUGAUUCCUCAAAAAACAUCUUCCUUGGGGAGAAAGCUGCAAAGUGGAAGACAUCAGAUGGGCAAAUGGAUGGGCUAACCACAAACGGAGUUCUUGUUAUGCAUCCCCGCAAUGGAUUUACGGAAGACUCCAAGCCAGGGGUGUGGAGAGAAAUAUCCGUGUGUGGGAAUGUGUUCAGCCUCCGUGAAACCCGAUCGGCCCAGCAGAGGGGAAAAAUGGUUGAGAACGAAACCAACCAGCUCCAGGAUGGCUCUCUGAUUGACCUGUGCGGAGCAACGCUGCUGUGGCGCACUGCGGAAGGGCUUUCGCGCACUCCCACCGUCAAGCACCUGGAGGCCCUGAGACAGGAGAUAAAUGCAGCGAGGCCCCAGUGUCCGGUGGGGUUUAACACCUUGGCGUUUCCCAGCAUGAAGAGAAAAGAUGUUGUAGACGAAAAGCAGCCGUGGGUGUAUCUGAACUGUGGCCAUGUCCACGGCUAUCACAACUGGGGAAACAAAGAGGAGAGAGACGGCAAGGAUCGCGAGUGCCCCAUGUGCCGCUCCGUCGGCCCUUACGUGCCUCUGUGGCUUGGAUGCGAAGCGGGAUUUUACGUGGACGCGGGACCUCCGACUCAUGCCUUCAGCCCCUGUGGACACGUGUGCUCGGAAAAGACGACGGCGUAUUGGUCCCAAAUUCCUCUUCCUCACGGUACUCACACUUUCCACGCAGCCUGUCCCUUCUGUGCGCAUCAGCUGGCUGGUGAGCAAGGUUACAUCAGACUCAUUUUCCAGGGGCCUCUUGACUAACGCAUGUCUUACCCAGGGCUGCAGUGAACUGAUAAGCUAAGCGAUUCUGACUUUUAAACCAACUCUUUUUCAUAUUUUCUGGGCUUUGCAUUGAGAUGAAGAAUUUUGGGGGUUUGUUACAACAGCUAAAUCCCUCUCCAUUGAGAAAAGUCAAACGGAAGAAGCGGGGGGAGCGUGGGGGGGAUGGUGGGGAGAACCCCUGCUUGUUUUUUAGUUAAGCUCUUCUGAAGGGGUGUGAAGGAAGUGGUGUAGAGUGAAUUUUGAUGCCUUCUGUUCAAUGGUUUUUGACUCACAUGCCCACAGUGUUUGGAAGUUGUUUCAUCCUUUUUGUAUAUGGAGGGUAAAUAGUUCAAAGAACAUUGGUUUACAGCUUGGAUGCAAAUGUUGUAAAAUAUA